AUGAGAGUUGUCAUCACUGGCGCCGGCGGUUUUGUCGGCCAGAUCCUCGCUAAGAAACUCAUCGAGACAGACCCUUCCACAUCACUAGUCCUUGCAGACGUCAAGGAACCACCGAAUCCUACAGAGUCCAAGGAUGUGAGGUGUCUUGCGGCAGAUCUCACAGAGCCAUCAUCAGUUGAUGUCUUGUUUGAGAAGGCCCCAGAUGCUGUGUAUAUUCUGCACGGCAUCAUGUCCAGCGGGUCAGAAGCCAACCUCGGUCUCGGCCUGAAGGUGAACUUCGACAGCGUGAGGCACUUGAUCGACAUUGCCCGAGUCAGGCAGCCUGGCGUCAAGAUCGUAUUCACAAGUUCGUGUGCGGUCUUUGGUCGUGCGGCCGUCAAGAACGUGGCUACCGAGACGGACAUUGUCCCCAUGCCCGAGAGCAGCUACGGCACACAGAAGCUGAUGAUUGAGUUCCUGGUCAACGAUUACUCCCGCCGAGGCCUCAUCGAUGGACGUGUAGUCCGUCUGCCCACUGUUUUCGUACGAGCUGGAGCCCCCACCGCAGCGGCGUCUUCGUUUGUCUCCGGCAUCGUUCGCGAGCCCGUGAACGGGGAAGAUUCAGUACUCCCUGUCGAUCCCAGCAUCGGUAUCUGGUUGACUUCCCCACGCGCCCUGGCCACCAACCUGGUGCACGCUAUCAAGGUCCCCGCUGAGAAGUUCGGCCACUUCAGACAGGUGCUGUUGCCCGGCUACACAGCCACGAGCGGCGAGAUCCUGGAUGCGUUGGAGAAGAUUGCCGGAAAGGAUGUGCGAUCGAGAGUGAAGGAGCAGAGAGAUGAGGGCAUCCAGAAGAUUGUGCUGAGUUGGCCCGCCAAGUACGACACAUCGAGAGCGAAAGAGCUGGGCUUCUCGGAAGAUGUUGGGUUGGAGCAGACGAUCAAGGACUUUAUUGAGGGUGAGAAGCAGAAAAAGUAG